UGCAAGACGAUGGGUUUGAUCAGCACUAGUGUUAUAUUAUCAUCACUCCCAUUCAGUUCACGAUCCUCCACUCUCAAAUUCUGUUGUUAUAAUUCCAAAUUGAAAUUCCAAUUUGGCAUUGGCAUUGGCAUUCUCACUCUCAGGUGCUUCUCUUCUCUACGAACCAAACACCAAAACUGCAACCCCAAAUCCAACUCUGCCCCUUGGCUCGUCAAAUGGCCCUCUUCUAUCGAAUCACCAAACCCUAAACUCCCCACCCACGACGACGAAGACUUGUUUGACCCUGUUCCUGCUCCCACUCACUAUUUCCACGACGAUAAAGGGCGCAAUGCUAUUGAGAGAGUCGUUCUUCGAUUGCGCAAUUUAGGUUUAGCUUCCGACGAUGAGGAACCAACCCGAGAUGUUUUUUUACGGCGAGAAUGGGUUCGGCCUGAUGCAACUUUGGCUCAAGAGGAUAUGGCUUUGCCAUGGGAGAAGGAGGAGAGGGAGGAUGAGGUGAUUGAAGACAAGGGGUUGAGGAAGAAGAAGAAGAAGAAGAAGGUAAAGGCGCAAACUUUGGCGGAGCUAACACUUGGGGAAGAGGAACUAAGUCGAUUGCGAACUUUGGGUAUGCAAAUUAGGGAGAAAGUUAAUAUUCCCAAAGCUGGGCUUACGCAGGCUGUGAUUGACAAGAUUCAUCAUGAGUGGAGCAAGAAUGAGGUUGUGAAGCUCAAAUUUCAUGAGAUUCUUGCUCGGGAUAUGAAGCUGGCUCAUCAGAUUUUCGAGCGUCGAACAAGAGGAUUGGUUAUAUGGAAGUCAGGAAGUUUUAUGUGGGUGUACCGUAGUGGGAAUUAUGAAGGGCCAACAUACAGCAGUCUAAGGAAUGAAAAGAAAGGUGAUGAUCACCAUUUUGUCCCAGAUGUCUCUGCUGACAGUAACGCAAUGCCCUCAUUGCUGGAAAAGAGUGAGCCAGUAUUGAGGAAUCAUGAACAUCCUGAGAACAUGACAGUGGAGGAAGCAGAGUUUAACAGGCUGCUUGAUGGUUUAGGUCCUCGUUUUGGUGAAUGGUGGGGCACAGGAAUACUUCCUGUUGAUGCUGAUUUACUUCCCCCUGUGGUUCCUGGUUACAAAACACCUCUUAGGCUUCUUCCUACCGGAAUGCGUCCGGGGAUGACUGAUGAUGAGUUGACGAGUAUGCGGAAACUUUCCAAAUCUCUUCCUUGUCAUUUUGCCUUAGGUAGGAAUAGAAAUCUUCAAGGUCUGGCAUGUGCCAUUCUUGAGCUUUGGGAGAAAAGCUUAGUUGCAAAGAUUGCUGUCAAGCGUGGUCUCGUGAAUACAAACAAUGAACUAAUGGCUGGGGAGCUGAAGAAAUUAACAGGAGGUACCUUGCUGCUAAGGAAUAAAUAUUACAUUGUAAUAUAUCGUGGGAAGGACUUUGUUCCAACUAGUGUGGCUGCUGUUUUAGUUGAAAGACAGGAAUUGACAAAACAGGUGCAAGAUAUUGAGGAGAAGGUGCGCUGCAGAGCUGUUGAUGUAACUCCACCAGGGGAAGAUGAAAAUGGACAAGCAGGAUCGUUGGCUGAGUUCUAUGAGGCUCAGGCACGCUGGGGAAGGGAUAUAUCUACUGAAGAACGUGAGCAGAUGGUGAAAGAGGCUGCUGAAGCCAAGAAUGUUAAGCUUGUCAGAAAAAUUGAACGUAAACUAGCUGUUGCCCAGGCCAAAAGGCUUAGAGCAGAAAAUCUAUUAGCUAAAUUACAAGCAUCCAUGGUUCCAACUGGUCCUGAUUAUGACCAGGAAACAAUCACAGAUGAAGAACGUGCUAGGCUCCAUGCGGUUGCUUUGGGAAUGAAGGCUUACUUGCUACUUGGUAUACGUGGUGUUUUUGGUGGUGUCAUUGAGAAUAUGCAUUUACAUUGGAGACAUCGAGAACUUGUUAAAUUAAUAACAAAACAAAAGAAUCUUGCUUUUGUUGAAGACACAGCUAGGUUUCUGGAAUUUGAGAGUGGUGGAAUACUAGUGGCAAUAGAUAGAAUUCCGAAAGGAUUUUCUCUUAUUUACUAUCGUGGAAAGAAUUAUAGGCGGCCGAUUACUCUGAGGCCUAGAAACCUUCUAACGAAGGCAAAGGCAUUGAAACGUUCAAUAGCCAUGCAACAGCAUGAGGCUCUGAGUCAGCAUAUAACUGAAUUGGUGGAAAAAAUAGAAGAAAUGAAAAAAGAACUUGGUUUGUCUCAAGAUUUGGAGCCUCAAGAUAGGUGGAGCAUAGAGGACCGCAAUCAAACUGACCAUCUAUCAGAAUUCACCCAAAGUGAGGAUGAAGACUCUGAUGGCGAAGAAAACAGUGAUUGGGAUGAUGACGAUUCCAAAUUUUCAAACUUAAAAUGAUGGGUUUCAUGUGAAGGCAGGUUGACAUAUUUGAAUUGAAGUUCCUGAAUGACGUCUGCCAUUGCCUGAAGCCAGCUAGGUAUUAACUUUGCUAUGGGAUCAUUUCUUCGGUAAUCAAGAGGCAGGUUUACAGCAGUUUGAAUGGUUCUUCUUCUGCUUGCACAUUCUUAGAGCUGAAAAAUAUACAGUCCGAUUUAGCCAAAGUUCUGGAAAGAUGUGCCUACAAAAUCCAUCACCAAAUCAAUGCCAGUUGAACUCUCACCGCCUUUCUGAGAUAGUAUAUUUUCAGAUAUUGGUUAAAUUUUGAGCAUAAGGGACAAGCAAUCUGCUUUCUUGUAUAUGUUAUCCUGAUAUAAUGCCUU